AUUAUUGUGAUUAGUCAAUUAUAGAAGUUAAAAGAGUUGUACUAUCUGCUAGAGAAAUUUUACUUUCUGGAUAUGAUCUUGAUCCUACCUUAACUAAAAUAAAAAAAAACUUUUUACUAUAAUACACAGUGCUUUAGAAAAGUAAAGUGUUGUCUCUUUUUUUGUGUAUAAGUGGUGUUCUUCGUACAUAUAUCUUUCCUUAUAUCAUUUGCGUCUUAUUUCAAAAUAUCUUCCAAAUAUUGAAUCUAUAGAAUCAAUUUAUGUGGUUAUGCAUCACAUUUUACAAAAUACUCGUGAACACAUAACCUCAACGAAGUCGUUUUUCGAUUGUUUUUGUGAAAAUAGCUUGUUUAAACAUAAAGUUAAGUAUAAAAAAUUAUAAUUAUAAUAUAAAAUAUCAAAAAGAAACAUCUUUUUUACAACAUAAAAAGCGAUUGGUUUCAUUUCAACUUUAACAACACUCCAGGUUAUUUUUAUUAUAGUUAGAAAAGGAAUAAGAAAAUCAAUAUUUAAAGGGCGAGCAACUACACGAUAUUGAUUGAGCAUAUUUGGUUGCCUACAUAGGUUAAAAAUAUUAAAAAAUGUUAUCUCCUUUGGUUGAAGUUUUAAACAAUAUGAGAGUUAUAUUGGCGACGAGUUCGAAACAACGUAUCGAUAUCUUUAAGAAAACUCCAAUUAAAUUUGAAAUAAAAACGUCCGAUUUUGAAGAAAAUUUGGAUAGAAAUAAAUACACUUUUUCGGAAUACGUAGAAUUAACAGCUUUGGGAAAAGUACAAAAAGUUUACGAACAAUUAAAAAAUGAUGAUAAACCACCAGAUUUAAUAAUCGGAUUAGACACUAUGAUAUGUUGUGAUAAUUAUUUCUUUGGAAAACCGAAAGAUAAAGAUGAUGCCAUUCAAAUUAUAAGGAGAUUAUCCUCAGGAUCUCCUCAUACUUGCUUAACCGGCGUUGCUAUCUUUUAUAAAGGAAGAUAUACAAAAUUUUGUGAAAGCACAACCAUUUUUAUGGAAUCGUUAACCGACGCCGAAAUAUUAUCUUAUGUGGAAUCUGGAGAGUCCAUGUAUUUUUUAUAUUAAUGUUGAGAUGAGAAAUAUAUUUUUUUUUA